UUAGGGGAGUCAGAGGAAUUGAGAAAUUUGCUUCAGAAUCCACAUCUCAGGCAACUGCUGCUGACAGUCGAUCAAGCAGAAGAUAAAAGCUCCCUCAUGAAGAAGUACAUGCAGGAGCCACUGUUUGUGGAGUUUGCUGACUGCUGUUUGGGAAUUGUUGAGCCUCCAGAGAAGGAGAACAUUCUUCCUGAGUGA